AGCUCUCCAGACCGGAGGGAUGUUUACCAUGAAGCCAUCAAAAGGAAGCGGGGAAUAAACGCACCAGCUGGAAUAUAUAUCUUUUUCAUUAUUCUGUGUUUUAUUUUUUUUUACGUAUCUCUGGUUAUUAUUAUUUUUUAUUUGUAUUUUUGAUGUCGAGGACUAGAGAGCAUUCCAAACAAACAUACUUUUAUCUCACUUUCCUUCCCUCUCGUUUUUUAUCAAAACCUCCCCGCGUAAAGGACUGACAGGCAUGUGGUGGAAAGUGGGGCUCGUGCUGGUGAUGUGCUCGGGUCUCACGAGCAGCGAAGCCCGAGAGGAGCACCGGGAUUCGCCUCCGCGCAACACGAUGCUCAGAGCGCCCGUGGAAACGCUGGACUUUGGCUUCGUGCCGUCGGUGACGUACGAAACGCACGCGUAUUAUGAACCGGGUCCCAUCGGUAUUGUUUUCCACAUGGUCCACGCGUUUCUGUACGUGGUUCAACCAAACCCUUUCCCCAAAGAUCUCAUUGUUAAAAUGGUCCAGCAGAACAUGGGAGGAAUCAAAGGGGACGAUUACAAGAAGCCGGAGAAUGUUGUAUUAUUACUACAGGCGAUCUACUAUGAGCUGGGCUUCAUAGUGCUGUCGGUUCUGGGGGUGAUAUUUGUGCUGUUCGUGCCGGUCGUGGGCCUGUUUUUCUGUGUGUGCCGCUGCUGUGAGAACUGUGGAGGUGAGAUGCAUCAGAGACAGAAGAAGAACGGUGACUGCCUGAAAGGUUUCUACAUGGCCACACUCAUCGCUACCUCUGUCUUCCUCGCAGUGGGAGUGACGAUCGCUUACGCAGCAAAUCAGAACAUUACCAAUCAGAUCAAGAGCACCAGACGCCUCGUCAGCUCUAACAUGAGAGACCUGAAAUCUUUUGCGAACAGCACACCCAUUCAAAUAGACUACCUCGCUGCACAAUACACAACAGCCAAGAACAAAGUAUUAUCAGACUUAGACAAUAUUGGGAAUCUGCUGGGUGGACAGAUUCACAAUCAGCUGGAGAGAGAAGUGGUGCCUGCUUUAGACAACGCUCUUCGCAUGACAGCAGUUAAAGUGGAGGGUGCUAUUAAAGCCAUGCGGGAGACCAAAGAGUCAUUAGAGAGUGUGACCACAUCACUGGAGAUCCUGCAGGAAGGGACGGGCAGACUCCAGAUCUCUCUUCAGUCUGAACGCGUGUCUCUCUCAAACACACUCAGCGACCCGGCCUGCUCUAAUGGAGACGUUACACACACCUGCAACACCAUCCGCGGGACACUCAGCCAGCUUGUGCUCAGCGCAAACUUUCACGGGUUGCCUGAUGUUGAGGCACCUUUGGCCAGUCUGGAUGCUGUGCUUCAAACAGACCUCAGUGAUAUCGUACAGAAGGGCUACUCUUCUUUUAACGACACACCGAGGUUGAUCAGAGAACAGACAAAAGAAAUUUUGUCGGAAGUGAAAGGGCUGCUGGAUAAGUCUGGUGGAGAGAUAGUUGCUUUCACAAAGAUGUUCCCGGUUGAACAUGCACUUGAGAACUUCACAAAGUUCCUGACAGAGAGCCAGAAGAAUAUUGAAGCGUACUAUCCUCAGAUCGACCAGCUGGACUUCUACAGAUGGAUUGGAUGUGUGGUGAUUUGUUGUAUGGUCGUGCUGGUUCUGACAUUUAAUUUCCUGGGUCUGUUGUGUGGAUCAUGUGGUUAUGAUAAAAAUGCCACACCAACCACUCGUGGCUGUCUGUCCAACAGCGGAGGAAACCUACUGAUGGCUUCUGUUGGCUUCAGCUUCAUCUUCUCCUGGGUGCUCAUGGGAGUAGUAGUCACCUCGUUUAUUGUUGGUGGAAACGUAGAGAAGCUUGUGUGCGAGCCGCUGGCUAACAGACAGAUCUUUAAGAUAAUCGACACACCAUAUAUGGUCCAUCCUGCCAAAAAGAACUUCCUUCCUGGGAUGCUGUUCCAAGAUCCAAACAUCGACCUCACUGUGGGCAGUAUGUACAGAGAUUGUUAUGAGAAUCACGGUUUGUAUUCAGCGCUGCAACUGGAGACCAACUUCAACUUCAACAAGUUUCUCAAUGCCACGGUGUGUAACCUGGAACUGACCGAGAUAUUUAACAGUGUGACUGUGGAUCUCCAGGGGAUGCUGCUUCUGGAACAGGAGGGCAAAGAUAACCUCAUUGACUUUGCUAACACAGGCAUUGGAGAAAUCGACUAUCAGGCGUAUCUAACCGAGGUGAAUAAAGGAGUGACAGUUGUGGAUCUUUUGUCCUACGCAAAUGAACUUGAAGCUCAAGCAGACCAGCUGCCACGUGGGGCUCUUGAGAAUGCACUCAAGGGUCAUGCGAGCAGCAUCAGACAGAUCCACAAAGAACAAGUGGUGCCUAUGGAACAGGCCAUGGUCACUUUAAGUCAAAGCAUCAGACUGCUUCAGAAAACAUCCAGAGAACUACCUAUUAAAGUGACAAAUGUCUUGAAUGCCAUUGAAGCAGCAGAGUACCUCAUCGCCAACAACGCUUCACAUGUGGUCAAACAGGAGGCUGAUAAAUUCAUUAAGAAACUUCUGGGAUAUUUUUCACAAUAUACGGAGUGGGUCAAGCAUUCUCUGGACAUGGAGGUCGCCCAGUGCAAGCCCAUCAGCAACAUCAUUGACUCGCUGGAGAUCGUUGGCUGCGGCUUCGUUGUUGACUCAGUGAACAUGUUCUGGUUCGGUCUGGGAGGAUGCUGUUUGUUACUCAUUCCCAGCAUCAUCAUUUCUGUGAAACUGGCCAAGUUCUACCGCAGGAUGGACACCGAGGACGUCUUUGAUGACUAUCCAUCCUAUGACACAAUGAGGUGGUAUCCUCGGGCCUCAGCCCCCCCAAGACAGCCUGACUGCGGUGCUGAGAACUGGAGCUAAAGAGCGUUUAGCAAGAUUCCAUGGACGACAACCGCAGAUGGAAAAAAGGGAAUAUAAUCUGUGAAAAU